CGAAAAGCUAUUGUUCUGAAGCCACCAACUCAGGCACCCAUUUUCUGAGGCCUUAAAUUGCAUGCCAUCUCGCUCUAUCUCUUCAAAUUUUCACCACGAUAGUUUUCUCGCAUUACCUUACAUUCCGCCACUCUACAACCAAGACCAUCACCAUGCCACCUCGGGCUGACCUCCCCGCAGCUGCUUUGCAGCUUCCACAAGACGUCCCACUCACCUUUGUGUUCUCUGCGGUACAAGGUGAUGUCCACGUUUUUUUGCCUGAGUCCUUUGACAUCAGAGUCGUGUACCGAGUCGCGAUGACCCUGAGCCGUCGAGUCAAUCAGCCAGUCACGACAUUUCUCGAUCACCAUCGCCAGAAGUACCGCCUCUGUCCUCUCUCUUACCAUGUCUUGAUGGGAACGUCGUAUGGGCUGUUUUGCUUUACAUGCGAUGAAACUGUUCAGGCACGCGCUACACGAGUUAACAACGCAGAAGGUGCUGCCGGUCCACCACGGAUUCCCAUUCCCCAUCCCGAUUACGAGUGGAUGCUGUACCGGCAAGCAAAGUCCCAGGAGGUCACUCAAAAGAACCCUGGAAUCCCUGCUAGUAGAAUUUCCAAUAUCAUCGCCAAGAUGUGGCGGGACGAGACACCUGAGGUCAAGACCUAUUGGAGAGCUUUGGUCCAGGAUGGAAAUCGGAAGCACAAGCAACAGCAGAACCAGGGCUACAAAUUCACAGCCAGGAAAAAUACGAACUAAAGUCCGUUCACAACGCUGAAAGGAUCCUUCAUCGAGAAGGCCCUUGGACGUGGAGUCUCUUCUUCCAGCGCAGUUGAUCCGUCUCAAAGUCUUUGGUUCUUGGCACAUUCACCAUGGAAGGUGAGAACGGCAACAGUGCGUUCUCCAAAGGUUGUGCGCUCUCUACGUAGCUACUCGGAUCAAGAUUAGCAAGAAAAUGAUGGUUGAAUCCCGAUUUGCCUCGCCACAGAUAGUCAUAUC